GAUCUUUGGCGAAAGGCUCUCGACAAGCUCUCGGACAAGCAGAAGCAGAGCCUUUUGAAGCUAGCCAGCAAAGGCAAAGCCGCCGAGCAGCCUCUACACACAACGACGGCGUCUAUCAUUCCCGACUUGAUAGCCGAGACACGAGCCAAACAAGAAAAAUGCGAGAAGGAGUCAUGGCGUGUCAAGCUUGGAAGCGACCCCGGGGACGAGAUAAUACUCCGUGAUCAGGCUGCUCUAAUCAUUGCGUGGCUGACCAAAGCUGGGGAUCUCGGGGUGUCAUUCGCACCCUCUCUGGUCGCUCACAUUUGGCCCUGUGUGAAGGCUGUCCUUCAAAUUCCGGUCCAAGAGGCCAAACAAAUGGCCGCAGUUCUCCAAGUGGCUGAUAAGGUAACGCGCGUAGCUACGCGAGGGAGGAUAUACGAGGCAUGCUUCACCACCGAGAAUACCUCCCCGGAAAUUCUAGAGCACCUGCACGAAUCCCUCGUUGCCUUAUACAAGUCCUGUCUAGAACUCGUGUCUAAAGCAGCUGGCUUGCUAAGCAACAACUUAUUGCAACGAAUCACGCACUCGAUUCUGUACCCCGAUGCUAUGGAAGAGGGAGUCGGGAGCAAAUUCGUCGAGCUGGAUAGGCAACUGGCUUUGAGUGUCCAAACAGCCUCUGUUGCGAUCGAUCACAACCUUCUCCUCCGUGUCCAGAGCCUCGAUGCACCAGUUGUCCGGACCGACGAAAGGGUCAUGAAAAUCUUGGAGACAAUGGAUGCACGGGAAGAAAUGAGCAUCCUUGAUUGGAUCAGCAGUGUACAGUACGGCAGUCACCACGACUUGAUACAUGACAGUCGGAUGGCUGAUACAUGUGGCUGGCUGCUCCGUCACCCAAAUUUCCAAGCAUGGGAGACAUCGAGCGGGUGCACACUGUUGUGGUUGAAAGGCAAUUCCGGCAUGGGGAAAACAUUCCUGACCUCCAAGGUGAUCGACCGGAAAAAGGACCUUUUGGGCAGCUGCUCUAAUGACGAGGCUCUUGCGUUCUUCUACUUCAACCGCGGUGACUCGUCAAGGAACACUGCGAUAGCUUGCCUCCAAAGCUUGGUCCGACAAUUAUCAACAGCUUGCAGCCAUCCAGGUCAAAUGCAGCCGUCCCUGCGGACGCUCUACAGAGACUGUAACCGCGAAGGGCGAAGUCUGACUUACGAGCUCUGCAAAAAACAGCUUGCCGAGUCCUUGAACCUAUUCCCCAGAGUCACGAUCAUCCUCGACGCCUUCGAUGAGUGCAACCAAGAUGAUCGCGAGAGCCUGGUUGGAAUCCUCAAUGAACUGAUGGGGUCUAGCGGGCGUCCACUCCUCCUUUUCAUCUCCAGCCGCCCGGAAAGCGAUAUCAGGACUGCUUUCCGGGACCGAGUCAGCGUGGAGGUGGGCGCGGAAGACAAUCAGGACGACAUUGCUGCGUUCGUCAAGAGAGAGAUAUACAAGCCUGGUGGCAGGUGGGGAAGAUUCCCAGCAAUCACAGAACAAUUGAAAGCAAAAGUUGUGGAUACUCUGCUCGAAAAGAGUCGGGGAAUGUUCCGAUGGACCGCGCUCCAAGUGGACGAGCUGCUCAAGCUCUCGCUUCCGGAGGAUGUGGAAAACCGUCUGGGAAAGCUACCCAAGGGCCUCAAGGAAGCAUACGAUGAGAUCUACUUGAAGCAAGAUGAGAUUCGUGCCACCUGGGAGUCCAAAAUUGUCGAUCGAGCGAUCAUGUGGGUGAUGGCCGCCAGACAGCCACUUGGCUCUGAAGAGCUAUUGUCAGCUGUCCGCAUCGACCCCGCCCUCUACGCCGAUACUUUAUGCAAACCUCCGGAAUUACGUGCAGUGGCCGAAGAUACGAAGUACAUCACCAGCCCAGUUACUGCAGAAAUGCUCCUUGACUUCUGCGCCAAUCUUCUAGUAUUGGACCCGAGAACGAGAAAGUGGGGUUUCGCUCAUGCUUCCGUCGCGGAGUACUUUGAGGAAAAGCAUUUCAGCUUCCUACAAGUACAUUUGCACACCGGCUUGACUAGUCUGGCGUUGGUUGUCGACGUUGCCCGAUCGGUCGCAGCAUGGCAACCGCCUGGAGCCAGGAGCACCCCCCGGAGAUUCUGGGCGGAACACGUGGGAAUCGUGGAUGAACAACUCAGUGGUCGCAGAGAGACUGGCGAAAUCAGCAUCAACGUACGGGAUGAACGCGUGCAGGAGUCUCUAGAUGGAUUGGUAGUCCUCCUGAAACGUUUCCUUGGUCACCCCAACGACAGCAGUUUCGAGUACCGACGGUGGCUUGCUACACUCAGAGAAGUGAGAUAUGGGCACACGGUGGGCAAAUAUGAUGAUUGGGAUUCUUCCGCCAUGGAAAAAUACGCUGCCUUCUCAAUGGCGCGUUUUGGUUUUGCCAACCUGAUACGAGAUUGGUGGCAGGUGUCGGCGACCUCGGAUGAUGAGUAUCCAAGAUUGCUGAUAGACACGGCGGCCCGUACUGAACAGGGUUGGAACAUCCUCCACGUUGCUUGCUAUCGCGGUCACUAUUCCACUGUCAGCGCUCUACUCGCCGCCGGCAUUGAUGCAAAUGAAGCAGUUGGACCCUAUGAAGAUUCACCACUGCAGCUGGCUUGUGAGAACGGUCAUACCAAGGUUUGCCGGAUACUCAUCGAAAAGGCCGGGUGCGACCCGAACUCUCCCGCUGACUAUCGCAACCCGCUGUAUUGGGCAGCACGCUACGAUCCUGAUGAUAGGUAUCUCCCCGUGUUGGACUAUUUAUUGAAGAAGGGGGCAGAUGUGAAUCUUCUCUUGGAUCAUGGCAUAUAUGGCAGCGCUCUCGCGGUUGCAGCUGCUAGCGGGGCGAUCAGACCAAUGGAAUGCUUGAUUAAUCAUGGGGCAGACGUUGACCUUGCCUUGGGCCAAGGCAUGUAUGGUAGCGCGCUUGCGGGGGCAGUCGCAAGAGACCAAGAGAAUGCGGUGCGUCUUCUUUUGCAUCACGGCGCAGACGUCAAUCUUGUUCUAAGACAUGGUCGAUUCGGGACCGCUCUCAUGAUCGCC